CAUAUUCAAAAUAUUUUGAAAUAUUAAAUAUGAGAAUUGGAAGAGCAGCAGCCAUUUCCAAUGCUGUCCGACACAAUAGAGAAAAUAGAAAGAGACGUGAAAGAAUAAAGUUCACUGCACCCAAGCCCGAUGCUGAAAAUAAACAAGAGUCUCAGGAUGAUAAUAAUACAAGUCAGGAUGAUUAUAUGAUUGAUAUCGAAGACAUCAAUUUGCAGGAAGGUUCUGACAGAAAAAUUGUUUUCAGAAAAUACCCAUUUGCAAUGUGGAUCAUCGGGACUUUUAUCCUCAUCUUAGCAAUAUACUGACUUUACCACAUUACGCUAGGGUUCCUUGGAACUGUGGUAGAUGGCUAUAAAGACGCGUCUUGGUGGCAAGUCUUGGUCAUUCUCGCACUUUUCGGAUUAUCAGGGGUGUUCUUCUUCGCAGCAAAAAUAGAAACAGUCACUUUUGAUAAGACCAAAGAUGAGUUUUCUAGGAAGAAACUCAAUACUUUUUGCAUCAAGAAAGGCAAAGAGUAUAAACUCUCUGAUAUUUCUGACAUUCGGAUCGAGAAGAGGGUCCAUGACAAUGUGCAUACUAACACAAUCCAUUUCAAGAUCAUAAUCGACUUUAAGAACAAUGAGUCAGUCAACUUACUUGAAAGUAGAAAAGAAGACAAGGUUAUCCGCCAAGUGCUGUUUAUCAAGAGGUUUCUGGGCAUGAUAGACACUCAGUUCGGCAAUAAUGCCCAUAUUGAUAACGCAAUGGACAUUCUCUAAACAGCCGGAGAAGUACAAGCUAUAACUCUG